AUGGCGUCCAUAGCGGGGUGCUGGAUUCAUGGGAGCCCCUCCGUCUACAUCAUCACAAUCUACUUCUACGUGGAUGUGGCGUACGUGUUCAUGCUGCGGCGAUAUUCUGGCAGGCCCGUCAGUGACCUGCACGGCACGCGGCGGAGCCUGGACUACGCCUACAGCCACCACCGCGCGCAGCACAUGAUUGCGCAAGGAGGCGCCGCGUUCGGCCGCCUCAUGGCCUCGACGGGCACCGUCGCGGGCCAGGCCCUCGGCGCCGUCGCCGCUGGCGCCGUGGGCGGGGCCGCCCGGCUGGUCACUGGCAUGGCCGCCGGAGCCGCGUCCGCGUGUCAGGGCCUCCGCGCCCUCGACGCACCGGCUUCCUCGACUUCGGGCGUGGCCCCGAAUGCUGCACCACUUCAGCGGCCUCGUGCUCUGGAAGAGUACGACAUCUCGGACGCGGGCAGCGGGGCCGCCGUGCCCCGCGAGACCGCGGAGUCGGGGAGCGAGCUAAAGAGCCCCAUGGCGGACAUGCGCUCCAUGAAGCGCGAGAUGGAGCAGCUCAGGGCGGAGAACGUCCGGCUGCGUGCGUCAGCCUCGGUGGCGUCGGCUGCUGAGGCCAGGAGCGGGUUCGCGACGCCGGACCCUGCUGCGCCUAAGCCCGCGAAGGGUGCAUCCCAGAGCGGCCAGGCGAAACCUAGCGACCCAGCGCCCUCGUCGUGCGCUGCGGCCAGGCUCGACGCGGACGACUCCGACGCGCCCGAGCCCGACGAGGACUGCGCGCCGAACGCUGCCCAGAUAGCCGCCGAGCACGAGCACGAGGAUUGGACGAUGCAGCAGGAGUAUCCCCUGGCCUUCAUCAGGGUCAUCUUGGUGCUCUUCAUGGUGAUCCUCGUCGACUUGAUGUUCACCCCGCUGCUGCUUCGCCGCAGUUCGACCACCUUCAGCAAGGGCAUGCAGCUGGGCUCCUUCACCACGCUGCCCCACAGCAGCAGGCCGGCGGCUUCGCUGCGGGCUUCCCUCAAGGACCCCCUCAGCAUCAUCAUCAACAUGGUGGUCAUCAGGGCGGCUUCGGAGGACUUCCUCACCAGCCCCAGGGAGGUGUUGGAGGUAGUGGUCAUCAUCAUGGCGGCGUUCCAGCGCGACGCUGGCCUGGAGACCGCGCUCUCGAAGAUCAAGGCGGUGGAGCUCCCUCAGCUCGCGUGGAGCGGGGGCGCGGCGGCCAAGCCGUCGAACCUGGAGCACUGGGUGGAGUCGGUUGGACUGGAUCUGGGAGGGCUGCACUGGCACAUCAAGCGCUACUGGCUUCUGUGCCUUGACUCGGUGCAGCGUGCUCAUGCCCAGUACCUCCAGGAGGGCCCGCUGAUGCGCCACGCAGCGCGGCCGGUCGCUAUUGCGCCGGAGCCGUUCGAGAUCUUGUCCUUCCACGCGAUCGAGCUCCGCUUGUGCCCCCUCCUCCUCCACCUCGCCCCGGAAAACGCGAAGACCAUGUGCUUGUCGACGAAGCUCGUCAGCACGCGCGACAUUCUCUUCACCGCGUGCGUGGACGCUGGGCCAGGGACAGAGAGCGACAAACACGCAGUCCUAGAGCGAGUCAAGGGGGUGCACAACGAGCUUGCAGAGUGGAAGUUCGCGCUGAACCGCCUGGUCAUCCUCAACACCAGCCUGCCUGACCUGCCCAUCCAAAUGGCGGCCCUAAAGCAGACCGCGAGCAAGCUCCUGGAGUGCAAGGGCAAGCCGACCAAGGGCGACCCGAAGGGCGGCAAGGCGGCCAAGGGUGACCCGAUGAGCAAGCUCGGGAAGGGCAAGGACGACGCGGGAGGCAAGAGCGUGGCCAUCUGCCCGCACAUCAACAACCUCGCGACGGGCUGCAGCGCAGGCUGGCCAUGUCCCAUGCGCCACUGCAAGUCGGAUGGCGCCCGAUUGGAGCCGACCGACGGGCGCUGCUUCAACUGCGGCGCGGGCGGCCAUGACGCAGCAGCGUGCCGCCGGCCGCGGAAACCCAAGCCUCCGGCGAAGGCCAAGAAGGGCCAGGCGGAGGACCAAAGAGCAGCCUCGGCAAGAUCUCCAUCGACUUCGGCCGCUGGCGCGGACGAGGCGGGCAGGCCGGCAGCCACUGGCAAGUCGGCAGCGGUUGCAACUCCGAGUCCCUUGACUUCCAGCGACGUCAGCGGCAUCGUGCGUCAGGAGCUGAGGUCCCUCAUGGAGCUUGCAGCGCCCGCGUCGGCACCGGCUGCUUCGGCCCCGCCUUCGCGCGGGCAGCCGCCGAUCGUGGGGGUGGUCAAGGUCUCCGACGCCCCGCAGGCGAGGAGGCUUCUGGCCAUGGACGGCAAGCGCUGGAUCCUCGCGGACACUGGCGCCACCCACGAGCUUCGCGGCAUCAAGUCCUUCAGCGACCUGCCUGAAUGCGCCGCCCCGGUCCCGCUGGAGACGGCGACGGGGGUGGAAGAGGCCAUGAUGGUGGGAGAUGUCGUGUAUGCGUUGGGUGAGGACCUCCAGUGGCUCUUCCCGCUGGGCAGCUACAUCGACGAGAUGAGCCACGACCUUUCAUGGAGUUCCUCGGCGCGCGCCCCGAGCUAUCCCACGGGCGAGGUCAUCGCCCUGCUCCGCGAGAAGGGCGCGAUCUACAUUGAGGAGGGCGAUGCAGAGUUCCUGCGCGAUCGCAGGCGCCAGGCGAAGCGCGCCGUCAUAGACGAGCGCAUGAGCACUCUGGCUGCUGGACUCCGUCGUCGCGAGCUGCUUCAGGAGCACAUGGAGGGCGGGCACACCAGCGUUCGACCUGACUGCCCAGGCUGUCGUGGAGCCCACGGCCGCCUUCGCGCCCAUCAUCGAUUCGACGUCACCACGAGGCCUGAGGGCCAGCUCAACAUCGACACGUCUGGGCCGCACCCCCCAGGACGGUGGCCCUCCAGCCGCCCCGAGAACUCGGCCAAGCAAGCCGUUCACUUCCUCCUGGGGGCCUACGUCGUCGAGACUCCGGCUGCUAAGAAGGACCGCGAGCGCUUGGAGUCGAUCGCGCAGGAGAACGAGUUUGCAGGCCCUCCGCCUCCCAAGCCCGAGGCCGCCGUGCCCGGGGAGUCCGACAUCGGCGUUGCCCCUCGGCUCGACGCUGCGGUCGUGGACGACUCCGUCGAGCAGGGUACCGAGUUGGCGAAGAAGGUGGUGGCCCUUUUCGGCGUGAAUUCCUUCGGGGACCUGGAGCUGCGGACGAACCAUGUCGGGCUGAGCGCCUGCGUGCCCAACUCCGGCCCCUCGGCGCGGCCCGGCAGCAUCGCGGCCGACGCAGAGGUCGAGGACGAGAGCGGCAUGAUCUCCAAGACAUGGUACUUCUGUGUGCCGCUGGAGAACCUUAAGGCCGCCAGUUGCAUUCACGCCAUCGAAUCUAUCCUCGCCCAGCUCCGGAUGGAAGUUGAGGGGGCUAACAUCUGCUACCGCAUCCACGGCGGCCGGGCUGGGAACCUCACAGGGGGCCAGAUCAAGCGGCACUUCGGGCGCGGGAUCGGCGUGGCGAAGCUGAGGGCCAGGGCAAUGCUCCUCUCCUUCAGCGACCCCCUGGACAGGCAGGCCCUGUGGGCGCGCGCCAUGCAGCAUUCUGCGCACUGCUCCAGGAUGCACGCACAGGAUAGACCAGUGAAGUGCCCCGCUUUCGGUGCGAAGGUCUGCGCUCGCAUCAAGGAUGCCCCUUCGUCCACGUGGGCGGAGCGGGCGCGCGACGCCGCGUUCCUGGGCGUGGACGCGGAGAGCAAAUGGUUGAUCGGGCGGAAGGACCUCACCGCGAAGCGACCUGAGCAGCGGACCCAGGAGCAGGAGGAGCUCAACCAGGUGGCGUUGCACAGGCGCCACCUGUUGAAUCGACCGGCGCUGGAUCUCCGGAAGGUGCACUUCAUGUUGACCACGGCCUCGGAGGAUCAUUGGACGACCAUCUUCGACGACCUGCCCGCGCAGACGGUGACCGAGAUGUGUUUUGGUCUUCGCGACGGUUCCGAUCCUCGGCUUCCGCCGCCCAUGCGCGACCACUUAGACCCCAUGCCCGUGGCUUUCGCCACCGCGGCCCCGGAGCAGGCCACCCUCACCGCGGACGACGACAACGCGCCUCCCGAGUUCACCAAGACUGUGAAGGACAGCGGGCUGAGCAUCGCCACGCGCGCAGAGAUCGCGAGGACGAUCGGGAUGACCAGGGAGAAGUGGCGAGCGGCACUCGAGAGCGAGCUCAACAGCCUGAAGGACGGUUGCCUUCGUCCCCUCACGGCCACGAAGGCGCACUCUGUGAAGCCCUCCGAGAUAUUGCCCAUGAAGGUAGUCGCGGGGCAGAAGGCUCCAGACGCUUCGGGCUAUCGGCGCUUCAAGGCGCGCGGCUGCGUGCGCGGCAACUUCGAGGAGGUGGGCCCCGCGGAGCAGACCUUCACGCAGAACUUGGACAUUGCCAGCCUCCGCAUGGCGCUCGCCGUGCGCGCGCACCGUCGUUGGAGCGCGUCGGCCCUCGACGUCUCUACCGCGUUUCUGAACGCGUUCCUCCCCGUGGACAAGAAGCGAGUGGUCAUUCGCCCACCGGCCAUCUUCGCCAAGUUCGGGCCGGUGCCGGCGGGCGAGCUCUGGGUGGCCGAGAGGGCCGUCUACGGCCUUAGGUGCUCACCGAAGGCUUGGGGCGAUCUGCGCGACGCGGCGCUCCGCAAGCUGACGUUCCCCGUCGGCGCGCUCCAGUGCCACCUCGAGCAGUCUGCGGUCGAUAGCUCGGUCUGGCUCGUCAAAGCCGACGGGGUGGACGACGUCCUGGGCUAUGCGCUGAGCUACGUGGACGACUUCUUGUUCAUGGGCCCCGAGGACGUGGUGAGGGCCCUGCAGACCUCCAUCGGCGCGCUCUGGACUACGAGCUCCCAGAAGAUCAUCUCCCCGGACCGUCCGGGAACCAUCCGGUACUUGUCCAUCGACAUCGGCAUCGACACCCAUCGACUGACGCUGAGCCAGCACGAGUACGUCAACGACAUGUUGAUGAAGUGGGACAUGGCGCAAUGCAACGGCUGCCAGUCGAUCAACCCCGACGACGAGAUCUACAUGCCCUUCGCGCCCGAGGACGACGAGGAGAAGCCUGACCCUGAUGAUGUGCGCGGCGCGCAACGGAUGGCAGGUGGGCCCCUUUGGCUUUCGAGCCGCACUCGGCCAGACCUGUCCCACAGCGGCUCGCGGAUCUCCAGCCAUGCGACUCGGAGGCCGCGUACGCCCCUCGUUAUGGGCAAGAAGGUCUUGCGCUACUUGGCGGCUAAACGCCAGUUGGCGCUAGUUUACGUGCUGAGCACCCCCCGCGAGCUGCAGGACCUCAUCUGCCAGCUGGACGCGUUCUCGGAUGCCAGCCACGGCGACGCGGGUGCGCAGACAGGCGUCGCAUGUUUCAUGUACGAGCGCAUGCUGGUAGACUGGCGCAGCUUGAGGCAGCAGCUGGUCUGCUUCUCGACGGCCGAGGCGGAGAUGAACGGCCUCGCCCUCAGCUGCCAGGUGCUCUACGGCCUGGAGGCGGUCGCCCACGCCAUGGAGCUGGAGACGACCGCGGUCCUCCACGGCGACAACCAGGCGGCGAAGCACAUCGCCGAGGGUCGCGGCAGUUGGAGGACGAGGAGUCUAAUGACUAAGGACAACGCCAUCCGGAGCCGAGUCGAGCGCGGCAUGCUGGAGCUGAUCUACGCGGAGACAGCUUUGAUGCGCGCUGACGGGUUCACUAAGAGCAAGGGGCCCGAGCACGUGGCGAAGGUGAGGGCCCACUUUGGCCUGUGGGGCCACUGA